UAUAUAUAUAUAUAUAUAUAUAUAUAUUAAAACAAGACAGUGUGAUUUAUGUUUUGGUUUAAAAUCAGAUUUUUAGAUUAUAUAUUUGAGAAAUAGACUAGGUUUGACUGUGGCUGGAGUAGUGAAACUAGUGAAAAUCCGGCUACAGACCACUUGCGGCAAGAGUUUCCUUCCUGACAAUCGCAGCUGUUUGUUGUGCGCAAGCUAGCUAGCGGUAGCUUGGUUGGGGCAAGAAACUAAGAUUGAAGAGGAAGCUAUUUUGCUCCUCGCCAAUCAACUGUUUUUUUCUAAAGCAACUGGUCAUAUGUAAUUCGCUUAGAUAAAUUCUUCCCGGUUAUCAAAUGAGAAAAGAAGCACAUCAAUUCCCUUGACUUUUUUUUGAAGGCCUUUUUUUUCCUCUGCAAAGGAUGUCUAAACGAUUAAGGAAUAGUGAGGUUUGCGCGGAUUGCAGUGUCCCAGAGCCUCGCUGGGCCUCUGUGAACAGGGGCGUGCUGAUCUGCGACGAGUGCUGUGGUGUUCAUCGGAGUCUGGGCAGACACAGCUCCCAAGUGCGUCACCUGACUCACACACCAUGGGCUCCUACACAGCUUCAAAUGGUUCAGACGUUAUACAACAACGGUGCAAAUUCGAUAUGGGAGCACUGUCUACUGGACCCGAUGAUGAGUGGUAAACGCAAGGCCAACCCUCAGGACAAAGUGCACCCAAACAAGACAGAGUUCAUAAAGGCCAAAUACCAAAUGCUGGCUUUUGUCCACCGGAUGCCUUGUCGAGAUGACGACAGCUUCACAGCCAAGGACUUAAGCAAGCAACUUCACUCCAGCGUCCGCACUGGUAACUUGGAGACGUGUCUGAGGUUACUCUCUCUUGGAGCCCAGGCCAAUUUCUUUGACCCAGAAAAGGGGAAUACGCCGCUGCAUGUGGCUGCCAAGGCAGGGCAGGUGUCUCAGGCAGAGCUGCUGACCGUCUACGGGGCUGACCCCGGCGCCCCCGACUCCAACGCCAAGACCCCCAUCAACUAUGCAAGGCAAGCUGGCUACCAUGACCUGGCUGAUAGGCUGGUAGAGAUCCAGUAUGAACUUACUGACAGACUGGCUUUCUAUCUCUGUGGGAGAAAGCCUAAUCAUAAAAAUGGCCAACACUUCAUCGUCCCACAGAUGGCUGACAGCAGUUUAGAUUUAUCAGAACUGGCAAAGGCGGCAAAGAAGAAACUCCAGUCUCUCAGUAAUCAUUUAUUUGAGGAGCUGGCGAUGGACGUGUUUGACGAAGUGGACCGAAGGGAGACCGAUGCUGUAUGGCUGGCGACACAGAACCACAGCACCCUGGUGACAGAGACCACAGUGGUGCCUUUCCUUCCUGUGAACCCAGAGUACUCAUCAACACGAAACCAGGGACGGCAAAAGCUUGCGAGAUUUAACGCACAUGAAUUUGCAACUCUUGUCAUCGACAUAUUAAGUGACUCGAAACGUCGACAGCUGGGGAACUCUAUGAUAAGUCCCAAAGAAAACGUUGAACUUAUCCUAAAAAGCCGGAGUGGUGGCGAGGGUCUGGACAACGACCAACCGGACUACGACAGCGUGGCCUCUGACGAGGACACGGAUAAGGAGCCACCCUCGGGCAAGGACCGGACCAAGAGUCUGGACUCAGACCUGUCAGAUGGGCCUGUCACGGUGCAGGAGUUCCUGGAGGUGAAGAACGCCCUGUCGGCCUCGGAGGCCAAGAUCCAGCAGCUGAUGAAGGUCAACAGCAACCUGAGCGACGAGCUGCGGCUGAUGCAGAAAAAGCUGCAUUCUCUGCAAAGCGAGAACACGUCUCUCAGGCGGCAGGGCCCAACCACCCAUAUCUAUCAGGUCCCCAUCAGCAGCGGGUCAGAGUACACUGACCCUUCUUCCUCCAGUCCCUCGGCCAUGAAGCGCCGGCAGUCGGCGCAGGCCAGCCGGCCCAUGUCCAUGUCUAUUUAUGAGACUGGCUCAGGUCUGAAGCCCUACCUCCCUAAGGGGGACACCCCCUACCUAGAGGAGGGUGCCCCCACCCUGCAACCCUUCUUCCCACCUCAUACAGGAAGGGGUGCUUUUGUGACCUCUUCAUUCCUCCCCUCCUUCCCAUCCACCCUGUCCUGGUCUCGGGACAAAAUUGCUCUACGGGCCUCCAAGCUGGACAAGCAGAGCAGCAUGCCAGACAGUGACUAUGACAACACAACCAAUGACUAUGAGAUGAAGGACUCUGGUAGACGUGGGAGGCUGAGGAGCUGUGGCUGGCUGGGGGAGGGCAGCUCCAUCCCUGAGCUGGAUGACCUGGGGGCAGAACCGGACCCAGCGCUCCCCAGCACUGAGGAUGUCAUCCGUAAGACGGAGCAGAUCACCAAGAACAUCCAGGAGCUGCUCCGUGCCGCGCAGGAGAACAAGCACGACAGCUUUAUACCCUGCUCCGAAAGAAUAUAUGUGGCCGUAACCGAGAUGGCUGCCCUCUUUCCCAAGAGACCCCAUUUGGAGAUGGUGAGAGGCCCCCUGCGCCUGUUGACGUCUAGCUCCUUCCGGCUCCAGGGUGAGUGUCGGAAGGCAGCGCCCCCCGAGGAAGGCCCAGGGCCUGACAUGCAGCUGGUCACCCAGCAGGUUAUCCAGUGUGCCUAUGACAUUGCCAAAGCUGCCAAGCAGCUUGUCACCAUCACCACCAAGGAGAACAGCAACUGACCAUCAUGACCACCGUCGCAGGGCUUUUAGAUCCCCUGUAACGUCUCCGUUUUGUUAAUGUAUUGUUCUCAUCCUUUAAAUUCUGGUUAGAAAAAAACAAACAUUGUUUUACUGUGGUCGUUUUUUUAAAUCAGUGUUGUUGAUAUUUGCAUGUAAUUUAUUUAUUUACAAAAUGUACAAAAUGAGAGUAUAAAUAUUGGGACAAAAAGACUGAACAGCUAUGGGAAAUCAUCCGUAGCUCUACUAACUGGAAGGGAGUAGCUGUUUUUGUCGUGAGCUACAACAGGAAUCUACAGUACACAAUAUGCAGUUUCCUAACCGCACGUCUUCGUUUUGUGGUUCUACAUACUUCCAGACACAGUAUUUCUCACACCAAUGAAGCCAUGUUUUUGGUAUUUUUUUUAGCUCCCCAACACCUAUACCCUCCUCAGAAAGGCCUUUCAUCCACUUUGAUGCUCCUUGUUGGAACCAAGGGUCUCAAACUGGCGGCCCCCAGGCAUCCUGUAAGCAGAUUUAAUGCGAUCCAGCAUAGUAUUCCACAUGGUUAAGGAUGUUGUGAAAGCUAUGAAUAAGCCAUAAGUGUAUAAACUUUACACACCUUGGAGCUACAUAAAUAACUAUGGAAUUCUAAUGUACCAUUUAAUACAAUUCCAGCAAGCGUAGGGAGGAAUGUUGGGAGAUUUGGAUCUGAUGAACCAUCACUCAUCUGUGCACAUUUUUGUAUCCCUGCAAUAUCCAUGUCUCCCCCAUCCAAGUGUAAUUGCUUUCAUUUCAAAAUGCAUCUACUAGAACCAUCUAUGCCUAUUAUUGCAUUUCAACGCUUGUUCAGGGGUGCAAAUUAUGCUCUUCACCAGCAAUAUGUUGUACUUGUAUUGAGUUCUAGUGAACUUUUUUAUUUAUAAGCUAAGAUGCUAGAGACAGUCUUGUGCUAGAACAGUGUUAGUGCUGUGACAGUGGAUAGAUUUGCAGAGGGCAAAUGAUUCUUUGCGCUUCCAUGUGUUUUUGUGCUCUGUUCUAUAAUGCUGCUAGCUUUGACAUGUGCAACUAAUUGGAUAGAAUUGUAGAUAUCUCCACUACAAUUCUGCAAGUGCAUGGUUGUCGUCAGCAGAUGGUUCAGAGCUGUGUUGUACUUGAAAUGUAAUCAAGGAAAUGUCCCUCUGUGCUUGACUCUUGUGACUGGACUUCAAACAAGUGUCAGUUGUGCAGUAAUCAUAGCUACAGUGGGAGGGGAAGCCUUAUUUUUUUAAAUAAACUUAAUUUAUAAUUGUAA